GUACUCCUUGUAGUACAAUCUGUACAAACGUAAACAAAUAGACCAGGUUCAAGCGUGUCUGAUCUAAAGUCCUUAUUUCUCACUUAAAAUGCUUGGAAACUGUUCAGUCGAAUUUCUAGAAAACGUUGGCUGCUGUCGACGUUGUAUACUGAUAUAUCUAGGAGAUCGGUCAGACAAUUUAUACGACAGCUUAUCAUCGGUGAAUGAAACAAUCAAGGAGGUUUCUCUCCUAAUUUCAACUGAGAAUGAAGAGGCUGAAAUUGUCAACCAGGAAUCCAGCAAAUUGGAAAAUGAAGAGAAGCACACGCUGAAGACAACAGUAACCAAGAAUGACAUGUGUACUCUUGCUGAUGAAGAAGUUGUCACACCUGAAAAUGGAACACCCGAACAUAUCGUUAAGAAACAAAAAUGUGCUGUGUGUAUCACCUGCAUUGGUUUGCUGCAGUGGGGUUGUUCUACUGAUGCUAUCAAGUUGGUAAGCAGGUCUGGUCAGUUUUAUGAUUUCAAUUAAAAAUGCUGAUAAAAAUAUUUCAUCAUUGUAAUAUGAAUAAGUUUAUUUAUAUACAGUACACAGAAUAU